CGGCACCGCUUCCACUGACUCCGUCACUUGCCUGCCAUCCAACUUGAACUUCAAUGUCGCGACCGCCGUUGAACCCAGAUCAGACAGCUGCAGGCAUCGCUGUCGACCCUCACACUCUCGAGCGCGUCAUCCCGGAAUCACGACGACCAGAUGGAACGAUCCGUAAGCAGAUAAAAAUUCGUCCUGGGUUCACUCCUCAAGAAGACGUGCGUCGGUUCAGAGGCACUAAGCAGGCUCAGAUGGAUGCCAAUGCACUGCCGAAGGGGCAUAUCGUCGGGUGGGCACCACCACCUUCAACUUCGAAAUCUGGUGCAGGAGAGAAACCGUUGAGUAAGAGUGCGAAGAAGAAUGCAAAGCGGAAGGAAAAGCGGGAAGAGAAGAAGAACGAGAUUAUCAAGGAUAGCUGGGAGGACGAUGAUGAAGGAGAGACGCCAGUGAAGGAGACGGCAAAGACCACUACCAAGACUACAGCGACGACUUCGUCUACUUCAGAAUCGCCCGGAGAGGCUGCAGCUGAGCCAGCACCGUCGACGAAAUCUACAUCUACGGAUGCCCUCGCUUCGAAACUCGAACAACUCGAGGUCAAAUGA